GCUUUGCCGGUCUUCAUCUUUGCCUUCACCUGUCAGCAGAACAUCUUCUCAAUCUGCAACGAGGUCAAGAACUCCACUCGUGGUCGUAUCGACCGGAUCAUUGUCGCCGCGUAUCUGAUCGCCGGCUUAUCCUUCUGCUUUGCAGCGGUGCUGGGUUACUGGACGUUCGGGAACGAGAUUCCUUCGGAUGUGCUGAAGGGCUAUCCGGAGACCUACCUCGUGGCAGCCACACGUCUCCUUUACUGCCUGCUGGCCCUCUUCUCCUACCCUUUGCAG